AUGCCGCCUCUUUCUCAUGCUGCUGUUGUUUCGAAUAAUGCCACCGAGCUAGGCCUCGAGGUGGUUUGCUCGUGGCCGGUCUCUGGCCAGUAUGGCCCCGGCACCAGGGUGCUAUACUACGUCCUGAUCGCGGCCUGCGUCUUUGCGCGCAAGGAAGAAUGGGUGAGGAAUGCCUGUCUGGCCGGUGCAUUGCUCUUCCCGGCCAUUGCCGCCCUUCAUGGCAUAGUCCUCGCUGCCGUUCAUGUUGAUGCUAUGCUCGAUCGGGAUCCUCACCGCGCCCCUAACCGCGAGAAUGUCGGGCACAUACUUCAAAGAUCCGCGUCGGCACAUUCUUUUCCUGUGGACAGGUCUCAUUCUAGCUGGGCCAAGCCCUCAAAGUGCACCCAUGAUGACAACGGCAACCCUGUCCUUUCAGAUCCAGCGCGGUUCCCCUACGAGGCUGCUUCCUGCGGUCUACGCUGUUCUGCCCAAGAGGGCCCCUUCUCGCCCAUCCGCGUCGGCUCGGCCGACGAGAUCUACGUGAUCCCUUCACCGCACCGGCUUACCUUUGGGACGGCGACCCUGUUGGCAGCGGCCUGCUGCGUCCCCGCUGUCGUUUCGCUGCUGUACUUCUGGUCGCUGGUGCUUCGAGACACGUGGAAUAACCGGUUUGGCGAGAGCACUGAUACUGAUCGACGAAACGAGGUCAUCGAGGGUACCAAUGGGGCUACGGAAGGGAAGAUGCUGCAGAUCAACAGCUUGGUACGCACCGUUCUUAGUACGGUAGAAGCUCCGGUAUUUGCGGCUGCAGUCCUUGCCAUUCUUGUUCUCGGCGAACGGAAUUUCUUCAGUCACCCCGUGAAUUUUGGAACGGAGCCGAUAGCCAGUAUAGGGCAGUGGGCGCCGAUUGUAGGUACGGGCUUUGCGAUAUUCGGGUCGCUGUACCUCUUCCUCACCGACGACGGCGAGAAACCGUCUUCAGCCUGCAAGUGCACUUGCCAUAACGCCCAAGGACCAAGUUCACGCGGCACAGACCCAGCAGCGUCCACAAACAGCAGCGAGUUAGCCCAUUGUGAGAUAACGGUCGUAGCUAGCCCUGAACCCGCACAUACCCAUCCUACCCAAGAGGAGGCCCGCGACUUUGGCUACCGGCGCAGCAUCGGACGAGCUCUCAAGCGCCUGGCAGACACGAUCAGCAUUGCCGCUCACGACCGUCUCACCGACUAUGACUUCAAACAAGGCCCGGCCCUUGACUUUCCCGAGAUACCAGCGGAGGAGCAGCGGAACAGUGAGCUACCGCAGAUCCGUGAUCAGUAUAACCUGAAGCGAGACUCCACUGCCAGCCGCACCCUCUCAAGGGUUGGCUCAACUGUCAGCACAGCUUCCUGGAGGGAUGGCGAGCGAAGUUCAACGACGUCUCACGGCAUCUCUCCGCGCUCGUCCAGACAGUCUACGCGGUCGCGAUCCCCUUCGCCCUUGCCCUCUCCGUCUCGAAGAGACGAUGAAUCCUGCACCUUUCCGGGCUCGCACGAUGGCUCUCCUUCCUCAAGCGAUCCUCCUAUCCUCAACACCCGUAGGCGUCAGAACACCCUAGAGGUCCCACCCCACCAUGGUCCGGUGAGACGCAGUUCGUCAAUAUCGUCAGCCUCAAGCUCCAACUUCACAAUGGCUGGAAAUCUACAAUCGCCUACCAUCGUGGUCUCAGCAGACGACGACGUUUCUCCUGUCUUCCCUAGACCUGGUUCUCCAGAGCCAAAACAAGAGGUCCCGCCUCACGCGUCCCGUCACGGACGGCGGUUCACUUCGUAAAUAGAUAUUUGAAUAGAGAGUGCA